AUGAGGAUCACUCACAAGGCCAAGAGGCCUUUGACUCCUCUUCCCCAGGUCGCAGAACUCAUAACUAAGCUACACGACACCCCUAACGAAGAACUCCAUGAAGUUUUGAGCCAGAUGGAUGCUUGGAGAUGGCCGCGGUCUGAUUUGAACGCGUGGAUCAAGGUACUCAAUAAAUUCGACGCCAUCCUGGAAGAAGUGAUUCGAGAUUACGAUCUCGACAAGCUGCAAAUUAACGUGUUCACUCCGGUGACCAAAAAGACUGUAUGCGAGAUUCUCCGAUUCGAACGUCUGCUGCUCGAGAAUUCGACCAACAGGAAAACGUUCAACUCUUAUGAUCGGUUGAACAGCUUGAUGCUUACGUCUGAUCUGGAUGUGCUUAUCCUCACUCUCAAUCUCUUGUUGCGCCCCGCCCAGCAAUACUCAUCCCAGCCUGCGGUACUUCACGCGCUUAGUAUCUCGACGCCACGCCUCACUUCACUCGCAAGGCGGUGGUCCAAUCUACGCGAAUACGAUAUCAAUCUAGUGGAUCUUGUCACCGAGAAGGGCAAGCCACAGGUCGAAGCCCUACCUACCGAAGCCCGAGAAGUCAAUUUCACGUUCUACAAGAAUGAGAAGUUGCCUUUACCUACAUACAAAGACAAAGGUCAGAGCUCAGAAGUGCAGAUGACCGACGUCGUUCCGCAAACCCCAACGCGUAAGGGUGGUGCGUCCUCAGGUGCUGGCUCAACGGCGCAAGGAUCCUCUUCGGGGGCCGUUAUUGUUCACAUCGAGAGCAGUACUAUCGAGUCUAAAGAACCCAUGGACAUCCUAGCCGACGCCAUGGAGAUGUACUCCGUGCCUGAUGACGAGAAAUUCGAGCUCUUGACUCGCAUCAGAACCGCUCGUGCUUUAACACCUGCGUACUCUUCUGAUCGCGAGAAGCUCGUGAUGAUUCGUCUUCUUGCUACAGCCAUCUUUGGGCAUACUCACGUAGAGUCGCAGGCCCAGUCGAUGCUGUUCCUCUACGAGCCUGACAUGAUUACACACAUCGCAGAGCUUCUCCAAUUGGAUCGGGACGUGGAUGUGCAGGUACAGAAUGUCGCAAUCGCAGCCCUCGAUUCGCUCGGUCGCUACAGGAACAAGAUCCAAGACGUCUUGACAGCUGUUAACGCUGGGGUGAAUCAUGGUGUCUUGAUGGCUUUGUUACGAAAGACCGUUGUAGAUGUGGCCCAGCCCACUUCUACGCUUCCGCAAUUUUUUGUGGAGUCCCUACUCUCCUUCGUUACCUUUGUUGCCACGCAUGCGUCUGGGGGUAAUAUGGUUGUUGGUGCCGGUUUGGUACCUCUGCUAAUCCAAGUGAUCGAGAAUCGGCUACCUAACCGACUAUACGUCGUCUCCAAGACGAUGCAGCUUCUGGAUAAUGUACUCUAUGGAUUCAACAACGCCUUCCAGUUGUUUUGCAACGGACGCGGUGUUGAGGUCCUAGUAGACAGGAUAGAGUACGAAGUUGAAUUGGAUCUUGCGCAAUGCUCCACUGAGGAACCCUCUCGUGAAGUAGUGAUUUCUUUCGGGAAACUUUUAGUUCCUCGUGCCGCUGUCUUAAAGCACACUCUUCGUUCAAUGCAUCGUAUGAUGCAGUCAUCAGGCACAGCGGAAGGCCUGCGCGGUCUCUUGGACUCGUCACUUCUGAGGUCUGCUAAGAAGAUUAUGGAAAAUAGGACAGUCUUUGGUCCUAGCAUUCUCCCAAUCGUCAUCAACAUCAUGGCGACGUUUGUGCACAAUGAGCCUACAUGUCUUUCGGUCAUCCAGGAGGCAGGAUUACCCGAGGUUUUCUACGGUGUCGUCGAGUCGGGUGUUGAGCCCGUUAUCGAGGUCAUUCAAUCCAUUCCGAACGCUAUUGGCGCGCUUUGCUUGAAUCAGGCGGGUCAGGAUCAGCUUACCGCUCGCCCAUAUAUUAUCCCUGGACUCUUGUCCAUUUUUACUUCGGAGCGCCAUCAAAGAAUUCUACAGGACAAGGAAAAUGCGGUUCUCAUUGGUACAGCGAUCGAGGAAUUAAUUCGACACCAUCCGUCGCUGAAGCAAGCUGUGUUCAAUGCGAUAAAAGCAAUUAUGGACAACAUUUAUCAGAUGGGCAAUGAUUACGUGCCAGAUGAGGAUAUGAAACAGUGGUAUUUACUAUUGCUUAACUCUCCUUCGCAAUCCGCCAAAGAGGCUACGAUGGACGCGGAUGUGGAUAUGGCCUCUGCAGAAACCGCCCAGUCUCAGCGCUCCGCCCCUACCAACUCCCAAGGAGGUAGUAUCAAUGAUGCAGCCUCAUUGCCAGGUGACGAUUCGUCUGGGUCCCAUGACAAUAUAAUCGUGUCGUUCAUUGAUGUAUUUGGAAAGUUUUUGGAAGGGUUUUUCCAGUGUAUACCGCAUUGCAGAGACUUCGUCACCGACGAAGAGGCUCUGAGUCGAUUUGGGAAGCUCACCGCGUUACCAUGUCUUCCCUACGACUUCGUGAACAGUUUGGCGUCAGACUCGUUAGUUCAGGUUGUGCGCACCAUGGCGGAAGUCGCACCUGGUGAAACCGUCAGCUUUUUGGUUCGUCUCGUGCACGAAUCAUUGGCCAGCACGAAAAACUUUUGGAGUUCCAUGAGAGAAGAAUCUGAGCUCCUGCAGCUUGUGAAUGUUUCUGAUAGAGAGCUUCAGCGAGGCAACGACCGCGUCCGGCAGUAUAUUACUCUUUACAUCAGAACAUCCCUACUCUCUGACAUCUACUCUACUGCUGGGUAUUCUCAUGGAAGAGCAACUGCAACCUUACUACAAUCCCUAACAGGCCCGUCAGCACACAAUAUUCUGCCCGAUCUGGGCGCGCUUCACAGGACAUGUGUGUGGGAGAACAUAAUGCUUAAAUCAGGUCUAGCGUUACAAGGAGUAGAUGUUCCUGCGCCCGCCGAUGUUACUGCUUUGGACCCGCAUUCUUCUUCAACCGUCACGCCCACCGAUACCCCACCUAUAUCUCAGGAUACCUCUGCCCAUACUCUCCCCUCCACGGCUAAUGGUGCACAGGGCGAAUCUUCUGUACCAGUGGCGUCUGACUCGGUCACUGUAAAAGACAACAGUGCUAAAUUGCAGAACGCAAAGAUCGCCAAACACUUGGCUAGUCAACUACCUACUUGCUUAGCGCCAUUCUUCCAAGGCAAGGCUGAUCUACUCCUGGGACGCAACACUGAUUCUGCUCAGAAACAGAAGAUUCAAGAAACUUCUUUGAUCCUCGCUGACAUUUUAGUCAAGCAUCUUGAUUUGCACACAGUUGCUGACAAGAUGUCUGUGUAUGCCUAUCAUACGGUGAUGCUUGGUUUAUCUACAAUCUUAUUAGUGGAUGAGCGUGCAGCCCAAAAGACUCUUUACACUGUUCUCUUGGCUGCCUUCAGUCGCGCAGGAGGCAUCGAUGCUAUACUCCGCCUCUGCAAUACUUUCGUUCACGCCAUCAAAACCAUGACAGAUGUGAGCCCAGAGGACCGCUCCCAUGUUGCUAAAGAAGAACUUGUGCACGCUUAUGGCGGGUUGAAGGUGGCAUUGCAUCUCCUUCAUCCCGUUUUAUCGGCCAAGCCCCUCUUCGACUCCACUCAAACGACACUACUAGUUUCAUCCGAGAAGAAGGACUCCGAUCCUGAUUACUUCGAGCCUCGUCAAUUCUUAGUCCGGACGAGAAUUGCCGCGAUGCCCCUCUUGGCCGACCUAUGGGGGGCAUCUUGGUUGUCAUCGGCACCUCUGGGUGUCAGCAAAUCAGUGGUCAAUGUUUUAAUGGACGUACUCAGCAUGGACGGAGAGGAGGCUAAGGACCCACCGCAGGGUGGGGCGCCGUCGCUCAUGUCGAACGGUUUUGCUAUAGCUCGACCAGCUGGUCCUGAUGAAAACCGUAUUCGUCAGCUGGUAGAUAUGGGCUUCCCAAGAUCUGCAGCAGAACGAGCUCUGGUUCGAACUCGCAAUAAUGUCAAUGCUGCCACGGAACUUUUACUAGCGCACCCGUUCCCACUUCCUCCGGAUCCAGAGCCUCAAGAACCCCCCGUGGCUGCAGAUGCGCCUAUAGAAACCUCUGGGGAAGUCACUGCCGGUGCUGGAACCGAAGCCGAGGUCCCUGCAUCAUCAGUUGCCGAUGAGCAAGCGUCGUCUGUCCCUGUAAAAUCCACGGAGGAUUGGAUAAAGGAGCUCAACGCGCUCCGGGACCCCCUGAAGGAUACUAUGGGCAGGCAAGCUCUCAGGCUCCUUGACGAACAUCCGUCACUUGCAUUCGACGUUCAGAAGGUUUUCGUCGGGCCAUCCAAUGGCUAUCGUGAACAAGCUGCCCUGCUACUGAUCGAUGAUGUUAAAUCACUUUCCUCUUCAGCAUAUGAUGUUCAGGAGCAAUCGAUGGCUGUUCGGUGCCGUCUGCUGGCUCUGGCACUGAAUGAUCCAACAUCUCCUUUGACUCAGAUGAUCGAUAGCGACGCUAACAAUUUAAUGGAUUCCAUGCUUGCAUUGCUUCUCUCCAAUCCUACUAAUAUAGAAGGCCAUCCAACGGUACCCAAGUGGUUGGCUGCACACUUAUUAGUCGCAGAAGCGCUGCUCACUUUGGGAGAGGAACCUCGCAGCAUUUCGGUGCCUAAAGAGAACGAAGCCAUCGUACAAGAGUCACUUUCUGUUGGACGCGAUCAUUCAGAGGCCAAAAAUAUUUUGUUCGACUUUUGUCUACGACUGCUCGCGCUGUCUACAAUAUCAAAGGACGAUUUACUAUCUGCGCUUAGACUUUUCGUCUAUCUGACUCGAGACCACAAGAUGGCCGAAAAAUUCGUUCACCGAGACGGGCUAGUUCUAUUAUUCCGGUACAUGCAAAUUUCAGCUGGGACACAAAGCGCCGCAGGCAUACAAUCGCAUAUUGCCAUUAUUCUGCGUCACAUCGUAGAGGAUCAAUCCAUUCUUCAGCAUGUUAUGCGACAAGAGAUUAAAAGAUUUUUUGCUCAUCCACGCCAUCGCGUGCUGGAUGUUGGAAAUUAUGUCACUGGCUGCGGUGCGCUUGCGCUCCGUGAUCCAUCCACCUUUAUCAAUGUCACACAGGAACUUUGCCAGCUCUCACAGCCAUAUUCUAACUCCAAAAGCAUCAGUCUUAGGGCAGAGGUCAAGUCGGAAGCUCCGGUCACGAACAAAGGCUCCGAUAUGCACAUUGACGACCCCUUCACUACUCAUACGCAGACACUUCCCGACUUGGAGGCACCCGUCCAUUUCCUCAUUGCUGAACUUAUGAGAUCGCUCAAGAGAGGUGGCGCACCGGAGACGUCGUCAGCUGAGAUGCCAAAGAUGGCGGGAUCAGAGGCAGGAGUUCUCGAUGGUCCAUCCGAGCCCUCUGCAAAUGCCCUCAAACCGGAGACUAUAGAGCCAUCUUCUCUUCUGGAGGACGACUACGUGUAUUCCUGUUUCUUGAUGCAAUGUCUUUCCGAGCUUCUCUUCUCUUAUGAUGCUUGCAAGAUCGCCUUUUUGUCAUUCUCCCCGAAGCGGCGGACGCAGAUACCCGCGAAAGAUGUUGGAAUGAAGCACAGGACUGCCGCGAUACAGUUCCUUCUCAUGGAGCUUGUGACAUUCGGCACCAUCGAUCCCCAGCCCUCUUCUGAAGCAAGAAAGCGUAUUAUGUUGUGUAAUUGGGCUAUGUCUGUUGUUGUGGCACUUUGCGUUGACACAUCGCUCACGCACGAUAUCAAGGACGUUCCUGCAGAGCUGAUCUCUGUCCGCAAAUUUGUUUUGGAGGCCAUUAGUCGAGCGUUGAAAGACCUUCCGGCAUCGGAGCCUCCAGAGCUUCGAUACAGUCGCCUUCUCGCUCUAGCGGAUUUAUGUAACCGGCUGUUGACAGUGCGAUUCAAUAGCAACACUCGAAAGCCACACGAGGAAGCCCCUACGCACAUCGCCAAAGUUAUGCUGGAAAAGAAUUUCGUGGCGACGCUGACGAAUGCUCUUGCCGAGGUCGACCUCAAUUACCCCAAUAUUCGCGGUGUGGUAACGGGCUUGUUGCGCCCGCUUAAUUUCCUAUCAAAGAUUGCUAUCAAAAUGAGUCGUGUGUCUGACAAGUCCAAGGAGUCAUUAGAUGAGAAGGUCGAAGAUGUUGAAUCGGUUUCUUCAGAGGAAGAUGACACAACAGAACAUGACGGCGAUGAGACACCUGAUCUAUACCGGAAUUCCUCUCUUGGUUUGUUUGGUGGCGAAAUGGAAGAUGUUAAUUUCGGACCGGACGACGAUAUGGAUGAAGACGGCGAGGAAGCUGACGAAGACGUUGAUAUGGAUUUCGGCGAUGAAACGGGAAGCGAGGAUACGUCGCAUACCGAUGACGAUGUAGAGGAUGACAUCGAGAAUGCCAUUGAGAACGAGACGGAUGAAGAUGACGAUGACGAUGAGGAGAGUUGGCAGGAUGAAGAAGAGGAAGAAGAAGAAGGUUUGGUUGCGAAUGACGGAGGUGAUCCUGAGGAAAUAGGUGAUGAGGAAGAGGAGGAGGAAGGAGAAGGGGACGAUGGAGAGGAUGUGAUGUGGCAGAGCAUUGCUGUCGCUGAUGACUUGGUGGAUGGUGCCGCGGAUGAAGGUGAUGACGACGAAGAUCCUGUCCCCAUCAUGCCAAUGGACGCUGACGAAGAAGCAGAUAUGGCGUCAGAGGAGGAUGAAUACGGCGAUGAAUUGGGAGUCGCGGGUCAUGGGCCUAUUGGCGGUAAUGUCUUCGAGCUCGCAACGGCUGGCUUUGCUAAUGUGUUGAAUGGUGGAGCGGUCAACGCCACUCGAAUUGCUCCGCCAAUACUGUGGGCCGACCCUACACGUUCUGGCCGCCGCCGAGGCAUAGACGACGAUAUGGAUAUUUUUAGUCGAAUCCGCAACGCACCCAUAUCUUCUGAUGCAGCCACACAUCCACUCCUUGUUGAUCCUGCUACCAAUUCGACUCGUGGGUCAACUGGCCAGGCGAGAAGCACCCGCCGAUUCCAGAGGAACGUGAUAGCAACCAACAAUCCUCACGAUCUAUUGCAGACAAUAGAGGACGCGAUUGGCGAGGGCGCGCUACAGCUGUUUCAACACAUCGUUUCUCACCAACGUGGGGGUGGUGGCGAGACUAUACGUAUCGAUGUUCCGUCAGGUACUUUAGGGCCUUUACAGCGACACGGCCGUGGAACAAUAUCGGCUUCUAUCCGUCUGGAGCGAGCACCACGAUCGGGUGAUACUCGAUCAGAUAGUCAUAACCUUGACCCGCUUCUAACUGUACAACGAUGGCUAGAAGAAGUUAAGAUGGUCCAUGGCAAGUUCGAGCAAGCCCGACUAUCUAAGCUGAGCAAUCACGUCAACGUCGUCCUCAUGCCGGCUGCUGUGGAGGCUGCCAAGCAAGCUAAACUCGUCGAGGAGGAAGCUGCACGACAAGCAGAGGAGCAAGCACAAGUUGAUCAGGCUGCUGCGAAGGAACAAGAGGAAGCGGAGAGAGCUAGAGUGGAACAAGAACGGCUUCAGCUCGAUUCCGAAGUGGCCCAGGGACCGGAUGUCGAUCCUGAGCAACAGGGUUCGAUGUCGGUAGAUGGGGAUACUGACAUGGUAGAUGUUUCCCAAGACGCUCCCAUUGAACCGGAUGAAAGCCAGGAUACGCAGGACACGACACAGGACGAUUCUGCAGUUGUAGCUGAAGACGGUCCGGCCGCGGAAGCUUCGAGCAGUGGAGCCCAACGCAUAACUGUGAUGAUUCAUGGAAGUCCUGUGGACAUAACCGAAACCGGCAUAGAUCCUACGUUCCUAGAGGCGUUGCCAGACGAUAUGCGAGAAGAGGUGCUUAAUCAGCAUGUUCGGGACCAACGUGCCGCCAGAGUCGAGCGUCCGGCCGAUUCACAUAUCAGUCCCGAAUUCCUUGAUGCCCUUCCGCCAGAGCUCAGAGCCGAGAUACUGCAACAAGAAAGCAUUGAACGUGCUCGACAGCAAGUCACCACUGCUCAGCAAGGAGGCGGUGGAGUUCCGGCAGAUAUUGAUCCCGCCAGCUUUAUUGCUAGUCUAGAUCCUCACCUUCGACAAGUCGUUCUCAUGGACUCUGACGAUGGCUUGAUUCAAAGCCUGCCGUCCCACAUACUAGCUGAAGCCGGAAUUCACCGAGAAAAUGCACGGCAAGCACGUGCUCAACCUCUUGCAAACGCUGAAGUCCGUCCAGCCACAACUCAGCACUCACAGAAGACCGCUGUAUCACGCGAUGCUAUACAGCUGCUGGACAAAUCCGCUGUAGCAGUACUCGUGCGGCUCCUCUUCUUUCCACAUACUCUCAAAAAAAACCUGUUGUACAAAGUUUUGGUCAAUCUAUGUGAGAAUUCCAAAACGCGCACGGACCUCUUCAAUUUGCUUCUCAACAUAUUGCAAGACGGCUCGGGCGAUCUUGCGUCUAUUGACCGAAGCUUCGCCCAAAUGUCUGUCCGUAACUCGAAACAGCCGCAUACACUCACACCCAAGUCGGUUGGAAAGCAGCGAGUCGCAUCUGAUUACCUUGGAACACUUGCUCUUUCUCCAGGUCACAACGAGAUAAUCCCGGAGCUCAUCGUGCAACGGUGCUUGGAGGCGCUCACGUACAUUGUCAGCGCUAACGAACUCUCGUCUCUGUUCUUCCUCACUGAGCAUGAAUUACCAUUGGGACUUCGACGCACUGCGUCAAAGAAGGGGAAGGGAAAGGAGAAACAAGUGCCUCAAACACACUACCCCGUUGUUCUGUUACUUAGCCUCCUGGAUCGCCCGUCUAUUCUGAGGACGUCCUCUAUCGUGGAGUCAGUGGUAACUCUUCUUGCUACAAUCACUCGUCCCCUUGCAAGCUUGAAGGAUUUUAACAAAGGGAAGCCUGAGACGCAAGACCUUAUGGAAGCGUCUGCCCCAUCAGCUGCGCAGUCAGUAGUUGUUCCAUCAGAAUCUAUCGAUACUUCAGCCCCUGCCGAGGAGCCCGCCGCUGACGACCAGACAGUGGAAGCAGGUCAAGGCCCUUCUUCCGAAGAAAAAGUCCUUCUCGCUCGUCCCCCAGUCAUCCCCCAUACAGUAAUGCGCUUCAUCGUCAAUAUCUUGACCGCCGGCGAAUGCUCUGGACGAACAUUCUCGCAAAGUUUGGCCCUCAUCCAACACCUCUCUUUUGUUCCGGAUGCACGAGACAUCAUUGCGAACGAGCUGCGCUCAAGAGCUCAAGACUUUGGCCAGAGCCUAUUCACCGCAUUGGACGAACUUGCGAUUGCACUUCACGAAUCUCAGGGCGAAGUCCUCGCGAGCUCCAUUGCGUCAAAAUUCUCGCCAGCUUCAUCUGAUCAAGCAAAACUUCUGCGGGUAUUGAAGACUAUUGACUACAUGUACUCGCCACGAUCUACGUCGUCACCGUCGAGUGCAGUCAGUGAUGCAGAUGUCGAAAAAGUACAAGGCAUAUACGAGUCAUUCAGAUUUGCGCCACUAUGGCAACGUCUAGGUGAUUGCUUAUCUUUCAUCGAAGAGAAACCAGAAACGGAACACAUCGCAACUGUCUUAUUGCCUUUGAUCGAGUCCCUGAUGGUCGUAUGCAAGUAUGUCGGUGCAAAAUCCGCCGCCGGAAGUGUUGCGCGCAUAUUGAGGGCAUCCGCCUCUCCAAGAUCGCCCACGUCUACGCGCGAAACAAUGGAAGAGCUCUUCGUCACUUUCACCGAUGCUCACCGCAAAGUUCUCAAUCUCAUGGUCCGCAAUAAUCCGUCGCUCAUGAGCGGAUCUUUCUCGCUAUUGGUCCACAACCCUCGAGUGCUAGACUUCGAUAAUAAGAGGAAUUACUUCAGUCAGCAACUUCACCGACGACCACAUGCGCGAGAACACCACGGUACAUUGCAACUGAACGUCCGUCGACCGCGAGUCUUCGAGGAUAGCUUUCAAUACCUGCAGCGAAAGACGGGUGAUCAAAUCAAGUACGGGAAACUCAGCGUGCGCUUUUACGAAGAGGAAGGGGUUGACGCCGGUGGUGUCACGCGAGAAUGGUUCCAAAUUCUCGCUCGACAGAUGUUUGAUCCCAACUAUGCACUGUUCCAACCCUGCGCGGCAGAUAGACUCACUUAUCAGCCGAACAAAGCAUCUUGGGUGAAUCCAGAACAUCUCUCCUUCUUCAAGUUUGUCGGUCGUGUGAUAGGCAAGGCGAUCUACGAUGGACGACUACUUGAUGCCUAUUUUGCUCGCAGUCUUUAUCGGCAGAUUCUUGCAAAGCCUGUUGACUACAGAGAUGUCGAAUGGGUCGAUCCUGAAUACUAUAACUCCUUGUGCUGGAUUUUAGACAACGAUCCCAGUGCGCUCGAGUUGACCUUCAGUGUAGAGGCAGACGAGUUUGGCGUUACCAAAAUUGUAGAUUUAAGAGAAAAUGGCCGAUCUGUCGCCGUAACUCAAGAGAACAAGCGGGAAUUUGUCCAGUUAUCUGCCCAGUAUCGACUCUAUUCAUCCAUCAAGGAUCAGAUUGAAGCACUACUCACUGGUUUCUAUGAAAUUAUCCCGAAGGAUCUCAUCGCAAUCUUCAACGAACAGGAGCUCGAGCUAUUGAUUUCCGGUACGCCUGACAUCGAUGUCGACGAAUGGCGAGCUGCAACGGAGUACAAUGGCUACACGAGCUCCGACCCUGUGAUAGUUUGGUGGUGGCGUGCUUUAAAAUCGUUCAACCGAGAGGAGAGGGCUAAGGUUCUGAGCUUUGCCACUGGUACAUCACGUGUCCCACUUGGUGGUUUCACAGAGCUCCAAGGUGUCCAAGGUGUCCAAAGAUUUUCUAUACACCGGGCGUAUGGUGAUCAGGACCGCCUGCCACAGGCGCACACUUGCUUCAAUCAAAUUGAUCUACCGCAGUACUCAUCGUAUGAGAUGCUUCGGCAACAGCUUCUGCUGGCGAUCAACGAGGGAGGAGAAGGAUUUGGAUUCGCAUGA